AUGCACUUCCGCCAGUGCCGUGCCUGCUUCGACGUUCUCGUCGGACCUUCGGUCGCCUGCGGCCACUGCGGCGCCGAGGUCCACGCGCGCUGCAUGCAGGUCGUGAGCAUGGCGCCCGUCUGCUACACCUGCCUGGGCGUUAGGGACAUGUUCCUCGCCCAGCGGCGCGCGACGUGGACGGGCCACGUGGCCUCGCAGAUGGGCCGCGCAGUCGCGAGCGGCAGCCAGCUCGCCGGCCAGGUGGUCGGCGCCACUGCCAUCGGCGUCGCCACUGGCGCCGCGCGGCUGAUCAGCGGAGCCGUGGCUGGAGCGCGCCAGACCUUUAGCGGCGCGUCCAUGAUCGGCGGGCCCGCUCGCUUGGACACGCCCCAGGCGCUGCCGCAGCUUGCCGCCGGCCCGCCCAGCAUCAGCCAGGCCGCCGGCGAUGGCGACAGGGUCGCGGCUCUCGAGGCGGAGAUCGUGCGGCUCAGGGCCGAGCUCGAGUCGCGCGCCGGCGGGUGCGCCACGCCAGGCGGAGGCAGCGGCGCUGGGCUGCUCGCGCCGGCGACGCCUCAGCCACAGGGGCCUGCAGGCGACGAUGCCGAGGAGGAGGACGAGGAGGAGGAAGCAGGGCUCCAGGCCGCUGCUGAGACUCCAGCUGCUGCCGGCACGGACGCCGUAGCCGCCGCAGCCUUGGCGCCGAAUGCCGGCGCUAUGCAGGAUUUCGCGGGCGCCGAUGGCGGCGGCCCGCAUUCGAUGGCGGGCGGCGCGGCCACUGGGUCCGCGGCCGCAGCCACCCUGAUGCAGCAAGGAUUGUUUGGCAUCGCCACGGCGGGUGCCAGCAGCCUGCAACCGCCGAUGCCGAGCACGUUCGGCGCGGCACCGCUGGCGAGCGGCGCGGCCACGGCUGCGGGCGCAUCCAGCACCGGGUUUGGCGCCGCUUUCGCGGGCGACCAGCCGCCUCCAGGACUGGGCGCGGGCUGGCCAUGGGCUGGCAGUGGCGCUGCCGGCGCUGGAGGAUCAGGGAGCGGCGGGGUGCCACCGCCUCCGUCGCCAUGGCAUUUGCCACAGGCGGCCGCCGCCGUAGCAGCCGCUCAGCAGAUGGGCGCACUCGGCGGCAGGGCGAGCGGGCCGCCGCCGCCACCGCCGCCGCCGCCAGCCGGAGGCGCCGGUGCGAGCUCAGCGCCUGGCGACGGCGCUGCGGGAGCGGACGCGGGCCUCGCGUCGGUUCUGAGCAGGGUGAAGGGCGAGGACGUGCCGAAGCUUGUUUGGAGCAAGGGUACGUCCAAGGCCAGCGUCUACGAGGAGUGGAUGCAGAAGAGCACGCUGGAGAUCACGGGUCUGCACUCGACUAUCGAGUUGUGGUGGGGGUCGCUUCGGGCGAGCGUGGAGGCGGCGUACGAGGAGUGCAUCUCCCUGGACCCGCUCCGUCGCCCAUUGAUCCGUCCUCAGAGCAGCUGGGCGGAGGCGCCUGGCAUGCGCGCGGUGGAGAUGAAGUUCCGCCCGCUGCUGUUGGAGGCCAUGCCGGAGACGAUCCAGUCCCAGGCACUGGCGACGCGCCAGCUGGCGCGCAGCGAGAUCGUCUUCGCUGCCGCCGUCGAGGCGGGGCCGGGGGCGCUGAGGGACCGUGAAGCGACCCUCAAGGCCGUCGAACGCCGUGGCCUGCCAGGCGCUCCCCCCGUCGCCGAGUGCUACGCGGCGCUCCAGAGGUGGAAGUUCGAGUUGACUCGGCUUCAGAGGUUGGGCGCCACGGCCCCCGACCCCGCCAUCCAGCUCUCCACGCUCAGCUUCGAGCACCGGCCCUUCAGCUACGAGAUGUCGCGCGGCAUUUCCGGUGCCAGCUCGUGCAGCCAGGCUGCAGUCGACGAGUACUGGCGCUACCUGGCGGCCGAGGCGCGAGAGCUGAGCGGGGGGGAUUCGGCUGCUAAGGCGCCGAACGUGGCAGCCAAAGUGGCGGCCCUCGAACAGCAGAUCCGUCAGCAGACACAGCGCCAGCCGCAGACCAACGCCAGGCCCGACCCCAAAGCCAAGGCCAAGGCCAAGGUGAAGGCCAAGGCGAAGCCGGAGGCUAAGGGGAAGGGCAAGAGCGGCGAGCCUGGGCAGAGGCCCUGCCGAUUCUUCGAGUCCGAUGGCGGCUGCCGCAAUGGCGCCCAGUGCACCAGCCUCCACCAGAGGCCAGAGAAGUCAGAGGGAAAGUGCUUCAACUGCGGUGCCAUCGGUCGCAAGAUCGACAGCUGCCUGCGGCCGCGCGCUGACCCCGCCGCCCGCGUCGCCAACGCAGGCACGGCGGGAGAUGCAGCCGCGGCCGCCGCCGGAGCUUCUGGACCUCCUGCCGCCGGCGGUGGACAGCCAUCUGGGCCGCCUCCCGCGCUGCCCAAGACCGCCGAGGCUUUUGCGGCGGCUCUUCAGCAGGCCGAGGCUCGAGGCCGUUCCGAGGGAGGUCAGUUGAUGCUCAACUCGCUUGCUGCCCAGGGCAGCGGCGCGGGCGCGAGCGCCAGGCUCGCAGGCGGCGCCGAUGGCGAGGCCUUCUGGACUUCGCCAGCUGGGCCCCCGCCACCGCGGGCGAAGAUGGCGUUGCCGGCGGGCGACUUCGCAGCGCUGGAGCGAGCAGCGGCUGCUGCAGCGGCGCCGGCAAGCGCAUCGACGCUGAAACGCGACCAACUCGGUCGCCCGCUGCUUCUGGCGGACACGGGAGCCAGCCACGAGUUGGUGUCCUACGGCCACGUGGCGGGUGAACCAGCGUCACCACCAGUCGCAACUACGAGCGUGGAGCUCCAGAUUGCGACUGGCGGCCGGGAGGCGCAGCUCGGCGUGGAUGAGAAGCUAUACGUCUACUCGCCCACGGAGCUGCAGCCGCUCUUCCCGCUCGCGGCGGUGAACGAGGAGCUCGGCCUGCAGAUGACUUGGAGCCCGUCGAUUUGCGAGGUGCGGCUGCCGGAUGGCAGGGCCAUCGACUUCAUCAGGGACGGCGGGUCCAUCUACUUGGACGAGGACAGCGCCGACGUGCUGAGGCAGCUGAGGACCGCCAUGCGCGAGCGUCGGGCUCGCGCUGCGCUGGCCCGGGCAAUUGCCGCCGCGGUCAGCCUGCACGAUCUGGGCCGUCAUCGUGCCGAGGGCCACCCACGGUUCAUGGCGGAGUGCGGCGAGUGCCGACGAGCCGCAGGCCGGAUGCGCCCGCACCUGAGACUUGACCAGACGACGCGCCCGGGCGGGCAGCUGAGCGUGGAUCUGUCGGGCUCGCACCCGCCAGGGCGGCGGCCGAGCAGCUGGCAGGAGGAUCAGCCGCGCCGCGCCGCGUACUUCAUGGUGGCGGCUUUCGCUGUGUUCACCCGCAGCGACGCGGCAACCGCGGAGGAGAACGAGACCUUCGCGCGCGCCGCCGCGGAGCUCCAGGAUCCAAGCGCUUCAGAGCUCGCCGACCUGGAAGCAUCGCUACACCCGGAGGCUGCGGCUUCCGACGCGGCCGGCACGGUCGCGCAGCGCGCCGCCAUGAACGCCGGCCUCCUCAUCGCGGUCGCCCGGGCGCGAUCGCAGGAGGAGGCAAGGGGGGAUGAGCAGUGCAAGGACGUGCAAUUGCCAGCGGAGCCGAGGACAUGGUACUACGCCUGGCCGCUGGCAACGAAGACAGCGAGCGAGACGUUGGCGGCUAUGGAGUCCAUCAACGUCGAGGUCUGCGCGGAGCUCGACUGCAAGGCGGUCUACCGCAUCCAUGCGGACCGAGCGGGUGAGCUGGCGGGGCCAGUCAUCAAGCGCGAGAUGGCCGCGCGCCACGACAUCGCGACCACCAGCACGGCCGGCGCGGAGCCGAACUCGAACGGCCGAGCUGAGCGAGCCGUUGGCCUGGUCAAGGGCAAGGCUCGCGCGAUGUUGCUGGCGCCCGUCUUCACGGCGGCCGACCGCCAGGCCCUAUGGCCAGCCGCGGUCUGCCACGCAGCGUGGUGUCAGAGACGCGCCGCGCAGGGACGCUCGUUCGCGGGCAUCCCUCCCUUCGGAGCCGCGGUGCACGCGCGCCUGAAGGAUCAGCAGGGGUCCUUCGAGCCCCGCGCGGUGCCGAGAGUGUACCUCGGCGCGGUGCCUGACGUUGCGCACGGCGCGCUGCUGGGGCACAAGAAGGGCGGCGAAUGGCACUUCGAGGUCAGCUCGUCGUUCGUGGUGGACCGGGCAGCCGCCGACAGCAGCCCGGCAGGGCCGCCGGGCGCCGCCGCCGCGUCUGACCGUGUCGCGCUGCCCGCGCUGCCGCCUGGGCUCCCGCCAGACCACGUCGAGGGUCGCUCCUACGACGUGCGCGAUGAGCGUGGGGACGACCACGACGACGACGACGCCGAGCUCCCGGCCUUCCAGGAGAUCGAUAAGGAGUCCGGUAUGCAGCCGGUGUCGACCGCCGAGAUUCGCGCGAGUUUCGGAGCCGAGAGGGAGGGCCGGCGACUUGCCCUCGACAGCGAGUUGUCCAUCCUGCGCUCCAUGGGGGCGUUCGAGGUGUUGACCGAGGCGGAAUCGGCCAGGGUCCCCAAGGGCAAGAUUAUCCCCAUGAAGGUCGCUGCUGGUACGAAGCCACCCCUGGCCGCAGAGCUGGGGCGCCGUAAGCAGGCGCGCGCGUGCAUCUGCGGGAACUACCAGGAGCGGAGGGCAGGGGAGGACGUGUACAGCGGAAACAUUGACGCUUCGAGCCUCCGCCUGGUGCUCGCGGUCGCAGCGGCCCAGAGGUGGAGCUGCUCCGCGCUGGACGUCGCCACCGCCUUCCUGAACGCGCCUCUGCCGGUGGAGGUGGGGGACAUAAUGGUUCGACCUCCUUCGAUCUUCAACCAUUUUGGUUUGAUCCAGCCGGGUGAGCUUUGGCGCGUGCGGCAGGCGAUUUACGGCCUCCGCAUUGCGCCGAAGGCAUGGGGCGACAAGAGGGACCGCCAGAUGAGGGCCAUGAGCAUCAAGUACUUGGGCGAAACGUGCACGCUGAGGCAAUCGCACGUCGACCCUUGCCUGUGGUCCGUCGUCGCCGUGUCGGGCAAGGUAGCGGGGUACGUGUGCGUGUACGUCGACGACUUCGCCCUCUUCGGCCCGGGCGCGGUGGUGUCCGAGCUCGGGCGCCUGAUGUCGGCUCGGCCCGACGGGUACUACGUGCGCCAGUGCGAGUGCACCAACGAUCUGCAUGAGAAAUGGGGCCUGGACCGCGGCAACUCCGCCGGCACGAUCGCCAUCGAGCCGCUCCCGGCCGGCGAUCCCGAGCUGCAGGGCCAGGAGGAGCCGGAGAUCGCGGAUAUUAGGCUGGCGCAGAAAAUCACCGCCGAAGCGGAAGUGACCGCUCUGGCGAUGGGCGGCCUGGUGCAGGAGGGCACCGAAGCCGUCUUGAACUCUAUGUUCGUGCAGCCUGAGGUCACCAAGAUGUGGGGUGACAACUCGGCUAGCCUGUGCAUUUUCCAAGGGCACGGGUCAUGGCGGACCCGCUGCCUAGCCGAUCGCGCCGCGGCCAUUCGUGCCAGGGUCGAGGCAAAGUUACUCGACCUUGGGCACGUGCCCUCAGAGGAGCAGCGCGCCGAUGGAUUGACGAAGACUUUCAGCUAG